AUGGCGGCAGAGAGCCAUCUCUCCCUCCUGUACCACCUCACCGCUGUGUCCUCUCCUGCCCCCGGGACUCCUGCCUUCUGGGUAUCAGGCUGGCUGGGACCCCAGCAAUACCUGAGCUACAAUAACCUGCGGGCCCAGGCCGAGCCGUGUGGGGCUUGGGUCUGGGAAAACCAGGUGUCCUGGUAUUGGGAGAAGGAGACAACAGACCUGAGGAACAAGCAGGAACUCUUUCUUGAAGCUCUCAAAGCCUUAGGAGAAGGAGGUCCCUACACCCUGCAGGGCCUGCUGGGCUGUGAGUUGGGCCCUGACAAUGCCUCGGUGCCCGUGGCCAAGUUUGCUCUGAAUGGCGAGGAUUUCAUGGAUUUUGACCCCAAGCUGGGCACCUGGAGUGGGGAAUGGCCUGAGACUGAGACCAUCAGUAAGAGGUGGAUGCAGGAGGCGGGUGCGGUCAGCAAGGAGAGGACCUUCCUGCUCAACUCCUGCCCCCAGCGGCUGCUGGGGCAUCUGGAGAGAGGCCGCGGAAACCUGGAGUGGAAGGCCGCUUCCCUGGUCUCCUAG